AUGAGGUAGGAAAAUAUUGAUUUUUUGACUGAAAAAUCAAUAAUUUUUGCAGCUGUCCACAAUCCUUCACAAAUGUUAGAUUUCAUCAAUAAUAACGAAAAUCCGGCCAAAAAAUCGAGAAAAUCUGAAACUUUGACUUUUUAUGGCAUAGAUAACUCUGAAAAUCUCAAAAAAUCAAUAAUUUCUAUUGCAGACUCCAUCUUCUCUAAUUCGAAUCCCAAAAAUUCAACGACGACAAAAAAGUGUGCAAUUUUCUGCUGAAAUGACUGAAAUUCGAGAAUUUACGCCAACUCGUGAGAUUUUUCGAAUUUUUGACUGAAAUUUUAAGCCAAAAAUCGAUUUUUCAGCUCAACUUUCACCCGAAUAUGCUCAAAAUGAUGACUGGGAUUUUGAUGGUAACCUACAUUUUUUUCUCUGAAUUUUCAGCUGAAAAAUCUGAAAAUUUUCCAGAAAUUGCUCCAAAUCCAGCAGAAGAAGCUGAAAAUGAUUCAGAUUCUGAUGAAAAUCCACAAGAUGCUGAAAUUGGACUGAAAAUUGAUGAAUUGAGAGGUAUUUUUUUAAAAAGCUGAAAAUUUGGCUGAAAAUCAAUAAUUUCAAUUCCAGUUCCAAAAAUCGAAGAAGAAUCACCAGAAGCUGCUCCAAUUGGUCGUUUUCGAUCAAAUUCAGAAUUAAAUGAUUGGAUGGAAGAUGACUCAGAUUAG